UGUGUAGCUGCUGUACAAUGCCUAAAACAUAGAUGCUCGUAUUUUUUUUCCAGUAAACUUUAUAUUCAGCUCAAGUAAAUGUCGAUUAAUACGCCGUUUUGAUCGGAUUGAAACCAGACAACUUCAGCCGUGUCUUCCGACCAAACUAAAGACACUAAAAACGAGCAGCAAUGUGGGAGCUUAAGCGUAAUUUAGGCACAUGGACAACGCGGUGACCGCGGUUACCAUGGAGACUCGAGACGCCUAAUCAGAUUUAGCUAAUGUUAGCUAACUAGCGCCGCUCAGUUUGAAUGCUGCCAGAUUUAACAUGGCUACAAAGGCGAGGGGAAAAACCUCUAAAAGUUCCUUAAUAGAUGAGGACAUACUUGACAGCUUAUUUGAUGAUAAAAAUGUUCCUGUACGGGGGAAUACAACUCGCAGCGGACAGCUGAAUCGCUCAUCUGCCACUAAUAAUAUCUUCAGUAUGCUGGCUGAGGAGGUGAAAAGGGACGGUGCGGACACUGAGGACUCUGACGUCUCAGUGGCUGAUCCUAAUGACCUGCUGAAGAACAUGAAGGACAUGGAUGAUAUGGACGCCGACCUUUUUGCGUCAAAGAAAAAGCCCAGUUUAGCCCCCGCACAAACAAAGCUGCUUGGUAAUGAAGGGCCAAAGAAAGAUGCUGCCGUGUUAGACAGUACUCAUGCGAAACCGGAGGGAGAAGAUGAACCUGCCAGAGUGGGGAAGAAGCCGAACUCAGCCUCUUCAUCCACGGUGCGAAACUACAAGAAGUUCACUUUCUCUGACUUCGAUGACCCUCUGGAUGACCUUCUCCCAGAUGAAACCACACCUGAACCUAAAAACAAGCGACCUGAACCUGAAAAAUCGGCACCGUCUCCCUCACCAUCCCCCAUCCUGAACAGAGAAGCAAAUAAGGCAGCAAAGAAAGACGAGUUUAUGUUUGAAGACGAUAAGGAUGACCUAAUGGACGCGCUUGGAUUUGACAGUGAAAAAAACAAUCCCAAGAAAAAAGAGGCUCCGCUUUGGUCUUCUAAAGAAAGGAGUGACGCCCCUCAGAGAGCUCGCACGAGAAUCGACGAAAUCCUGGAGGGUUUCUCUUCGCCGAACCCUCUGGAGCAACCGCCCACAGGCGAGAGGAAGGAGCAGCUUCACGGUCAAGAGAGGCAGCAGCAGGAGAAGACGGUGAAAGAGCCACUUUUAGAGGAUGACCUGACCUUCGGGUCGUACCAGCCCACCAUGGUGUCCACUCCCGAAGGACGCCAGUCCCGCAGACAGUCUGUCAGGUUCUCGACAGAGGAUGUCAGCCUGCCCUCACCGGAAAAGAAAGCCAAACCCGCCAACCACGCCCCCAUCCGACACCGCAACUCCUCCGACUGGCUGGGCCUCAAAACAGACGACGAACCCAGCUAUGACGAGGACGGCCGUAAAGAAAAGAAAACUCCAGCAGAGUCUCCAAAGACCCCCUCAUCUCCUUUAUUGGAGAGAAAGCCUUCCUUCACAGCUGCUGCUGAAACGGCGGGAGACGCAGCCCCGACUCGCGCCACCGCCAAUCAAACCAACCCAGACGUUUCCAGAAUCCAGACGAAAGACGACGAGGGGGACGACUGGUUAGCCGGAGCGCUGAGCAGGAGGAAAGCUCUGUCGGCAUCCAACAGGGAGGUGAAGCUGUCCACGCUGGAAGAGUCAAGGACGGAUCUUGAGUUGCCCGCAAGACAUCAAGUCACUUCACAAACUCCGAGAAGCAAAGAAGACACUUUUCUGACUGCUAAAGAAACAUCAAAUGACAUUUUUGGAGAGUCCAACCCUGCUGCUCACUCCACACCUCUGAGUGAGACGAGAACCAAACGAGAACACCCUGCCCAGGUUACUGCUGUUAGCAUUAGUGAUCCCGAGCCCCGGCUUCAGGCCAGACCUUCCUACUUUCCAUCGAGUGAUGGAUCGAGGUCGCUCAGGGAGCCGAGUCGGCCCGAUGAAACUGAGCAGCCGCCAUCUACUGUUCUACCUGGCACCGUACGGUUUCCAAAGCAGAGUCAAACACCGAGCACACCCGCUGCUGUCCAACAACAGGCAACAUUUUCAACAGAGAGUCUUCAGCAGCAGCUUCUGCUACAACAGAUGAUGCAGACUCAGCUGUUGGGUCUGGGCGGUGUUGUUGAUACCGGCGUGUUGCAGAGACUGAAAGACAAAGAUCAACAAACGUCAGAUUAUCAAGCUCUUCAGGCCCGUAUCAUCCAACUGGAGGGACAGGUGAAGACUUUACAGCUGGAGAAAGAGCAAAGCCAACUGAUGCUAGAAAACGUCCAACAGCGCCAUAAACAGGAUAUGGAACUCAUGGAGAACACACACAAGACUCGUGUGAAGCUGCUCGAGGAAUCGGCUUCCCAGAGGGAGACACGAGCGCGACUCGAGUGUGAAGACUUAAUGGAGCGCCUUUCCGCGGCGACGCGAUCAGCUGAGCAGGAGCGCUCCGAGCUGCAGGCGCAGUACCAGCGCAAACUGGCCCAGGCGCAGCAGGACCGCGACCGCGAGGUGGAGAGACUCCGAGAUCUCCAGAGAAAGUCUAUUUUAGAGAUGAAGAAAGACCACGAAGAUCAGAUCCAGAGACUGAAGAAGCUAAAGGAGGAGGAGAUCGAUGCCGUUACGAGUGCAACUUCUCAGACCAGGUCUCUGGCAGGGGUGAUCGAGCAGAUGGAGCAGUUCUCCUCUCAACUCGGGGAGCUUUCUUCUCGAGUGGAAAGCACACAUGAACACACCGCUCACGGCCUGGAGCAAGGGGCACGGCACCGAGACGAGCAGCUCCGAACGAUGCAGGACCGGCUGGCCCAGCAGCAGAAAGCCAUGGCGGACGAGAGGGCCUAUCUCAAGGAGAUCAUUUCCAGGAUGGACACGCAGCUCAGUGAGCAGCAGAGGCAGCUGGAAAAGGAGCGCUGGAAGAUGACAGCCGAGCAGGCCAAAGCAGAGUCGACCCAGAGAGGCCUGGAGGAGGAGCGGCGCGUCUUCAGCAUGCAGAUCGGAAUGGAGCGAGAGGAGCUGGAGAGGGCGAAGAGCGCGCUGCUGGAGGAGCAGAAGUCGGUGAUGCAGCACUGCGCGGACGAGAGGAGGAAGCUGGCGGCCGAGUGGGCCCACUUCCACGCUCAGGAGAAGCAGCGACGCGAGAGGGCUGAGCGCGAAGCCAGCAGCCUCAUGGAGAGGAGGGAGGACUCCAUCAUCAGUCUGGCUCAGGAGCAAGCUGACCUGAAGCUUCGCACAGCAGAGCUCAAGCAGAAGGAGCUGUCUGUGGCGCAGGAGCGAGACACUCUGGACAGACUGAGAGAAGAGCUGGACAGAGAGAAGGAGAGAAUCAGCAGCACGGCUCUGCGGCUGAAAACGCGGGCGCAGGAGGUGGAGGCCUUCAGCAAGUUGGCCGCAGAGAAGUACGAGGAAGGGGAGAGAGCCAUGCAGAAGGCAAAAUGCGUGGAAGCAGAGCACGAGGCACGACUGAGGAGCAUUCAUUCCCAAACGGAGCAGCUGAGGCAGCAGGAGCAGCGAGUCUUAAAGGAGCGAAUGCGAUUUAGUCUUGUGCAAAACACAGGACUCCUCAGAGAGAACCCAUCCAUACCACCGAUUCUACCAGAAUCAGUGUCAGUGCUGCCAAACCCUGGACUGGCAGCAACCGUCAACCUUCCCUCUCCAAACUCUCAGGCCAUGGCGCUGCAGGCCAGCCUGGCUCUGUGGAAGUACACCACAGAGAAGGAUCGUGAAUUUCUUGAAGAGGAGCAGAUCUUUCUGGACAAUUUGAAGAAGAAAUCCUACAAGUCAUUGUUGAACACAGACUGAUUAACAUUGUGCAAGGACAUUCAAUCAUUCCCGAAUUCCUCUUCAGCUUGGGUCAAAUAACUCAUUUCAUACAUCAUUUUUAAUAAAAAGAGUUUA